AGUAAAUAAUUGGUUAAAGAAGUUAUGUGCCAAAUUUUAAAACAAUUCUUCCAGUAGAUUUUGAUCAGUGAUCAGCUCUGCCUUAAGUCGGACCGCUUUGGCAGACUAUAAAGGAUGCUUAAGAGUGGUCAUAAUGUGGAUUUAUAAAACUAAUAUAUACAUAUAUAUUGAUAUAUUGAUAAUUUUCUCAUAUGCAGCCAUUCAUAAACUCAAUGUCGUUAAAUUUUUUACUUUUAAUAUCCAAUAUUAGCAUGCAAAAUGUUAAAUGAAAGAGUGUAGCUCCGAAAAUGAUUUUUCGAUCACAUAGUUUUCCUAAAAAAAAAAAAAAAACCUAUGAAAUCUUCAUAAAUUCUAGACAAUUUGUACUAGUUUUUGGCACGCUAAUUAAUUGACAUGCGCUGGAAAAAUAUUUAGCAAUUUCAAUACAUUAUUCUAUAAGUUUACAAGCAGCAGACGUAAUCAUGUCGUGCUAACUAACCCACAUUCUGCUAUAUAAACAUCCACCGAUCGAGAGGUUAAUUAAGUUUAAUUUUGAACAAAUGUUUAACCGCUACUCGCUGCUGCUUUCUUUCGCCGGACUUCGGUUGGGACUCCUUCUGAUCCCCAGCUGUAAUGCAGGACGCAAUUGGGAAUACGAGCCAAUUUCUCUGAAAUCCUUUACCUCCGAUGAGAAGCUCCUGAAGAUUCAGACAAAGGUCGAUCGUCUGGGACGUGCGGAGUUUGCCUUCUCUAUGACUUUGGAUUGGAAUUACGAUGUGGACAAUACCACCAUGGUGGAAGGAGAUGCAUAUCACUGCACAUCCGGUGAUGAGAGCGACUACAAACUGAUGCCCUGGUCUGUUCCCCAGCAGCCCUACGUCGACUACAUCAACGGCUUUUACCGGGAUGCGUUCAUUAAGAACGUGGGCCACUGCUCCAAUUUACCUAAAUUCGAUGGUGACUUUGUUCCCCCCUGGCCACGUGGAGUCUACAAACUGGACAAGUGUGUGGCCAAUGGCGAGGGAUUACCGGAAAUCGCACCCGAAGGCUACUACAAAAUCGUUUACAAAACCACCGGUGAAGUCGAAUGGGGCUUCACCCUGAUCAUAAGGGUCUCACACAAGGGUCUUUAAUCAAGAUUUUUGGCCCAAAAAGGAAAAACACAGUAACUCCUUUUAAAAUUGUAAAGCAUUUCGCUAGAAUAUUUUUAUUGGAAUAUUUUGUUGUAUGUCAAGUGGCCAUAAUUGGUAAAAUAAAUUGAUUAUUAUUCUAA